CAGAGCAAAAAAGAUAAUGAUAUUAUUAUCGGUGAUAUGUUUUCCAUAUUGAAUUUUGAUGGAAGGGUUGCUUAUGACUACAUCAUCAAUGCCUCCAAAAAUUUUGAUGAGAAAUAUUGCAUUGGGAGUGGCGCAUAUGGCAAAGUUUAUAAAGUAGAAUUUCCAAUGGAACAUGUGGUGGCUGUUAAGAAACUUCAUCUGAUGGAAGGUGUAUUGGAUGAGAAAAGUUUUCAAAGUGAAAUUCAAGCAUUAACUAGAAUUCGACACCGUAACAUUGUAAAACUUCAUGGAUUUUGCUCCAAUUCAGAUUGUAAAUUUCUUAUAUAUGAGUACAUUGACAAGGGAAGUUUAGCUAGCAUCCUUUGUAGUCAAGAAACAGCAGAAGAAUUGAAUUGGGAGAGAAGAACUUGUAUUAUCAAAGAUGUGGCCCAUGCUUUGUCAUACAUGCACCAUGAUUGCAAUCCAUCCAUAGUGCAUCGAGACAUCUCCAGCAAUAAUAUACUAUUAGACUCUGAUUUCAAGGCUUAUCUUUCUGAUUUUGGUACUGCAAGAAUUCUAAAACCUGCUUCAUCAAAUUGGAGCACACUAGCUGGCACAGUUGGCUAUGCUGCCCCAGAACUUUCGUACAUGACAAAGGUGAAUGAGAAAUGUGAUGUAUACAGUUAUGGCAUAGUAAUAUUAGAAGUAAUAAUGGGAAGGCAUCCAGGUGAUCUUGUCUCCUCCCUAUCAUCAUCAGAUAUCCAACAUAUGUUAUUCAGUGAUGUGUUAGAUCAACGUAUCUCACCUCCUACAACUUAUAUAAUAAAAGAAGUAUUAUUGCUGGCUAUGAUCGCGUUUUCAUGCAUUCGUGCUACACCACAAACUCGACCAACCAUGCAAAGGAUAUCUCACUUAUUCAUAAGUGGCAACAUUCCAACUAUUCAUGAGCCAUUCAAUUCAAUCAAAUUAUGUCAAUUAGUGGAGUUUUUACCAUAGAUGUAGUGCACAAAAACUACAAAAACAUAAUGUAGCUCUUUCAUAUUGCAUAGUACAAGUUUUUGUAACUAUUUUCUAUUUUUACCUUUUAGAAACACCAUUAUAUGAAUCUCAGCACUAUUGUUCUCAUU